GUUAUAAACAUGGGAAAAAACAAACGAUCUAAAGGAUACUACAUACAGUCAGCAAAAAGACAGAAGAAGCAUGAAAACUUCCUUGGUCCUGACAUGGCAGGAUUCAUGUGUACGUGCAAUGAACAUGAGCGGGAUUGUGUAAGAGAAGCAUAUAAUGUCCUAAAUGAGUUUGCUGAUCAAAUAUAUGGAAAAGAAGACUUUACUGAAAAAAAACAGGAAGAAGAUGGCAAUUUGAAAAAUAUAGAAGAUAGUGAGGUAGACUGUACUACAGAUCAGAAAACUAAUGAUACCCAAGAGAAACUGGCAAAUGAAAAUAGGAAAGAGACUGGAAAACAUGAAAAUGAUCUGAAAACUCAGGGUCCUUCGGAUAAUAAUGCUAGUGACAGCGAUGAUGAUGCACUGGAUGUAGAGGCUGCUGUAAAGGCAGAUGUAUUGGAGCUUCAAAAGAAGAAUAAAGAUCAUAAACACCCAAGAAGAUUCCAGCAAGUAAAUUGUGGAGCAAAAAACUGCGUGUUUAUCCGUACAACAUUAGAGGAUCCUUUGCCUCUGUCUGUUGCUAUAAUGGAUGACAUCAUUGAAAAUCAAAAACGAAGAACAAAAAGACUGUUACGCAUGAUUCCUGUUCAGAAAACAUGUAAAGCCUUUCAUGAGGACAUCGAGAAAGCAGUGGAGAAAUUGGCGCAAUCCUACUUUAAAAAAGAAAGUAAAACUUUCUAUGUGGUCAUCAAAAUUAGAAAUAACAAUUCUGUAACACGUGAGCAAUUAACUACUUCCUUAAUAAAAAUUAUUGAAAAUGCAAACUCCAAAAAUACACCAGACUUAAAGUAUCCAGAAGUUGUUCUUAAUGUUGAUGUGAUCAAAAAAAUCUGUUGCCUCAGCUUUUUACCUGAAUAUUUCACGAAAUAUGCUAAAUAUAACUUAGGGAUACUAGCAGAUAAGACUAAAGAGAGUGUUACUAAAGAUGAUGAAAUAUGUAAGGGAAAUUUGGAAGAAAAGGAAGCUAAUAAUUCAGAAGUGCAAAAGCAGGAGCUUCGGAGUACACUGAAUGAAUCAAAGAAUGUGAAUGAUACGAAUGCUGAUGCUAUGUAAAUCAUUUAAUGUUUAUUUUAUUCAUCACUGCUAUAGCAUUAUUUGAAAACUCAUUUAAACUAUUAAUAAAUUUUCUGUGAAGGCUUUUUUAAAAAAACUGCAGUAUGCACAUCUGAGUUCUAGGGCAGGUACAGCAGAGAGAGAAACAG